CGACACAAUGAGGAUUCUAAUCGCAGUUUGUGUUUUCAUAGGCAUGUUUGUCAUGUGUGAAGGAUGUUCUUGUUGGUACGGUACACCGUUAACCCCCAAAUCUUUUGGGUGCAGAAGUGACUUCAUUAUCAUCGCUGAGGUCCUGAGUGAUAUGAGGUCUCUCGUCCCAACGGACAUUUUCAACAUGUACUACAGAAUUCGGAGACCCAGUCCCCGCGAUAUUAUCAAGUUUACACGUUCGAUGGCCGGAAUAAACCUUCGAAGAGUUUACACGGCAGAAAACAGUGCUUUGUGCGGUAUCAGAUUAGACAGGGGAUGGCACAUUUUGUCAGGCUACAUUGAAGGAAAUCGGUUGAUGAUGAAUCUCUGCAUGUCGUGGCGUGAACCGUUCCCCAUGAGCAUGGAGGCCGAAACGCUUCUAUCGCGCUUCGCGGGGAAUUCAGUGAAAUGCCUUCCAGAGGACUUUCCAUGGGGGUAACUCGCUAUUCUACAUUUGGACCUUCGCAGUUGCCUUUGUAUUGAGCAAUGUUCGUUGCAUAAGCACGCAUGAUGCCAAUACAGUUGUUUUUCCUACAUGCCGACUGGACAGUUGGUAUGAAACAUUGUAUAAAUCUUUUUUGUUCUUUGUUUUUACAAAUAGCUUCACUAUCCCUUGGCUUGUAUUCUAUAUUGUUCUGGUACGUCAAUCGGCAUCGUGUAAUAAAUUUAUCAAUAUA